GUAUUACACCGAAACUCACAUAAAUGCAGAGGAAAAAGUUUUACUGGAGGCCGAGAUUGCGCGAAAAUGUUUGAAACGUGGGGAUAAUCAGUGUGAACUGGAUAUUAUGUAUAAUAUUGAAAAGGUGCACGUUAUUCUUGAGGAGAUGGUAUUGAAUGGUCGCAUAGUAGAGACCAACAAAAACAAUGUUCUUGCUCCAAUUAUAGAAAUGAAUAAGGCUAAAUAA